UCACUCUCUCCCCAAAGGAAACAAAGAAAGGAAAACCCUUCCUGAUUCUCCUGCCAACUCUGUAUCUAUCUCUCUAUCUAUCUAUCUAUCUAUACGUAUAUAUUUGUGACGACGCCAAAGGUACUUUGGUUUGUAGCGAUGGAGCUGCAGCUGUAUCCUGCUGGAACGGGCCGUCGGGCCACAGCAACGACGUCUCAAGUUGGCUUUGACGAGCUUCUUCAGGAGUUGAUUAGUAAGGGCUCAUUAGACUUUAAUACUUGGACUUCAAUUAUUUCAAAGAUUGAGAAAAUAUAUCCAGAUAGUAUUGAGAAGAUCUGUUCAGUGUAUGAUUCCUUUUUGUUGGAGUUCCCUUUGUGCCAGGGAUACUGGAGAAAGUAUGCUGCUCACAAGGCACGUUUAUGCACCAUUGACAAGGUUGUUGAAGUCUUUGAACGAGCUGUGCAAUCUGCUACAUUCUGUGUUGGUGUUUGGGUUGAUUAUUGUACCUUUGCUGUGUCAGCAUAUGAGGAUCCAUCUGAUGUUAGAAGGUUGUUUAAAAGAGCAAUGUCCUUUGUUGGAAAGGACUACUUAUGUUAUCACCUGUGGAAUAAGUAUAUUGAGUUUGAGGUUUCUCAGCAGCAAUGGACUAACCUUGCUCGGAUUUAUGUACAAAAUAUGAAGUUUCCAACCAAAAGUUUGCAUCGAUACUAUGAGAAUUUUAAGAAGUUUGUGGCCAUUGCGGACGAAGAGAUGAAACAGCAUAAAAUCAGCAUCCCUGAAUCAGAGCCAGAAUCCGUUACUGAUAGAGCAGUCAGAAGGCAUGAAGAUGAAGUCUCCUGUCUUGUUAAUGACUUACUGGAUCCUUCAACUGGCUGCUUUAGUUAUAAACCUCUGCAAAAGUAUAAAUGUAUUGGGGAAACAUUCUACCAGGAAGCUUGUGAUUUGGAAAGAAAAAUACAUUGCUUUGAGACUAACAUCAGGAGGUCUUAUUUCCAUGUAAUGCCACUUGAUGACAACCAGCUACAAAAUUGGCAUCAGUACCUGGACUUUGUUGAGAAACAAGAUGAUUUUGAUUGGGCUGUGAAACUUUAUGAGAGAUGCUUAAUUCCCGGUGCUGAUUACCCUGAAUUCUGGAUGCGUUAUGUUGAAUUCAUGGAAAUCAAGGGAGGACGAGAGUUAGCAAACCAUGCAUUAGACCGGGCAACAAAAAUAUUUCUGAAGAAUAUGCCAGUAAUUCAUCUUUUCAAUGCCCGUUUUAAGGAGCUAAUAGGAGAUAGAGAUGGUGCACAUGCUGCCUUUCUCUGGUCUGAUGAAGAAUCCAGUUCAUUCUUCAUUGAGAAAGUUAUUAAAGAAGCUAAUAUGGAAAGAAGAUUGGGAAAUUAUACAGCAGCUUCUAGCAUCUAUGAAAAAGCGCUUGAACUGGCAGCUGAAAGGCAGAAGUUGCACAGUAUUCCAAUUCUUUAUAUUCAUUUUUCUCGUCUUAAAUAUAUGAUGACAGGUAGUGUAGAUGCUGCCAAAGAUGUGAUUAUAGAUGGCAUACAACAUGUGCCUCAUUGCAAGUUACUCCUAGAGGGAUUGAUAAACUUUGUGAUGAUGCAUGGAGGACGAGAACAUCUUAAUUCUGUGGAUAACAUCAUAGCUGAUGCUCUCUUCCCUGCUCCAGAUUCAUUUCCAGGUUUGAGGCCUAAAGAUCAGGAGGAUUUAUCGAUUUUAUAUUUACAGUUUGUUGAUCAAUGUGGAACAGUUGAGGACAUAAGGGAGGCCUGGAAUCGCCACAUAAAAUUGUUUCCACAUUUGUUGAGGACUACCUCCAUGGACAAGUGCUCCAGUGCUGGCAAUCAGUUGUUGGACAUGUUGGUGGAAGGAAGACAAAUGAAUACUUUUCCAGACUCUUAUAGGCCAUCUGAAGGCCAUGAAUCUGACCAUUUUCAGCUUCAAAUGCAAGAGCAAAGACUAUCAUUGCCAGAAAAUCAUGUUAUCCAUCCUGAUCAGGUCCAACUGGACAACAGUGUACAGGAGACAUUGCCACAAUUAUACCAUGGAGCUGCUGAAAAGCCCACGGAAGAUGAAUCAGGAGUAAAUACAUCAAUUCCCAAUUCAGCAGACCAGUGUGGAGAUGAUGCAUCUGGACAGAUGGAAUCAACUCCUUAUCUGGUACAUCAGUCUAGGCAAGACGCAGAUGUGUCAAUGGAGUCAACUCACGGUUCCAUACAACAAUCUGGAGAAGAUGCAAAUGGUCCAAGGGAGUCGUCAUGUGGCUUAGAACGGCAUCCUUCUGAAGAAGCAUAUGGACCAACUGAGUCAACUCAUGAUUUAGUUCACCAACCUAGAGAAGAUGCAUCAACACCAACUAAGCAAAGUCAUGAUUUGUUACAUCCAGUUGCUGGUGGUAAUGCAAUUUUAGAUACCCCACAAGAAUACUGUGACUCCAUCAAUGUUCAGCACAGGCAAAACAAUGAGCCUGAACAGCAUCUGAAGCUGCUGUCUUCAGAUGGUCCGUCCUUGAAUUCUCAGGAGAUAGAUUGUGGCAUUUCAGUAUCCACGUCUCCUUUUGAGCCGAAAGUUCCUAUCUCUAAGGGAAUACCAAAGAAUUGUCAGAAUGCUAACGGAAGCCCUUCUUUAGUCUGCCCAGUAAGCACUCAAUCUGUGGUUUCUGCAAAAAUCCAAAGUGAGUUGGUAUCUCCCUCCCCUAUGGAAGAUUGCCAAAAUCCUCCUCCAGAACCAGCACAUCCACAGCCACAGUUGCAUAUAGACAGUGCUGAAAAAUGGCAUCACAUGGACAACACUGUUCAAGCUUCAGGAGAAGAUACAAUAUCUAGUGUUCGUGGGGAUUCACAAGAUCAGCAGAAUAAAAAAUGCCUAGUUUCUCCGCAGCAAGAUUGCCCGCCAGCUGAAAUUGAUGACCAAAUGCUUACUGGUCAAGGUUCUCCUGAUCAUCCCGUGUCUGGGCAGGAUCCACAAGUUGAAAAAGGUACCCUUGCUCAAAACAAGGACCAUGUAGGUUCUGCUCAGGGGAAUACGUUGUCUACUCACUCCUGGCCAGCACAAAAUCUGCAGCAGCAAAGCUUUCUACCUGGACACCCAUCCCAACCAACUUCCGGACAUGCUUCUCACCCUCAAGGACAGAUGCCUCAGUAUACUACACAAAACAGUGAUCAGUUUGGUCAUGCACAUCAAGCAUAUAAUCAGAUGAUGGAAAACUAUUACCGGCAUCAGCAGCUGUAUCUUCAACAACAGUAUGAGCAGCAACAGCAGUUUAGACAGCAGCAGCAGCAUCUUCACCCAAAUCAGCAGCAUGAACUUUAUGUACAGCAGCAACAAUCACUUGCACAACUGUACCAUCAACAGUCAUUGCAGCUGUAUGAACAGCAAGCUCAGCUGAUGCAGCAGCAAUUACUGCAGGCUCAUCAGCAACAGAAUCAGCUAUAUCAUCAGUACAUGCAGCUGCAGGAACAAAAUCAUCAAGAAGGGAAUCAACAAGUGCAGCAGCAACACCAAACAACGCAGCAACAAGGAUAUCAUCAUCAGCAGCAGCAAAUGACUCAGCAACAAGGAUAUCAGCAACUCCAUUACCACCAAAUGACACAGCAGCAAGGAUAUCAGCAACUGCAGCAGCAGCAGCACCAACUGCUAUGGCAACAGGGAUAUCAGCAAGUCCUGCAGCAGCAGCACCAACAAAAUCAGAAACAACAGCCACAAGAAGAGGAAAUAACAGCAACAAAACAACCAGAGGUUACUUCAACAAAGGUUCCAACAUAGAACUUGGAGCUACCACCAAAAGGACCAACAGGUUAUGCCACGGCAUAGCGGCCGGAGUUCAUGUGGAAUUGCUGAAUCUGCAAACCCCAGCAACAGUGUAAAGGUGCGACGCCACCAGCGCCACCACAUUCAGCGGUCUCUAAACCUGCUUGUAUAUCCAUAUCACCAACAGCAAACUUCCCCCUGGAGCUGCAGCUCAAAAUGCCAGUGCACCAUAAAUGAUUUUUGCAUCUCCAUCUAACCAAAAAGUCACAUUCAUAAAAGAUUUUGAUGGUAUUCACAUAAGUCUAAUGGGUUAGAGGCUGAGCCAUGAUACCAAGAGCGAGGUGAUUUCUCUUUGACUAGAACGUUGUGCAUUCAAGUUGUAGAAACAGUCUAUUUAUAAACAACAUAUCCAGCCUUUAUCUCACUAUGUGGGGUUGACUGCAUGAAUUUUAGAUUUUUAUGUAUUUCUAUUUUUUGUUA